GUUGAUGUGGUGCACUUCAUCUUGAACCACUCAGCCUUCAGACGAUCUGUUGUAUAGGUGGUAGCUGGAGCAGCCCUGUGAAAUAGUCAUGAUGCCUAAACGUGAAGACCCAACCACCACUGAAAGAAAUGAUGGCAGUGAUGUUGACAAUGAAGAAAGCAGUGCAGUUGAGGAUGAAGAAAAUAUUAAACGAACAGGUCAAAUGAAGGAGAGGGAAAGAGCAACAUCAAGAACAAGAAGGGGACAUGCCAGAGGCAGAGCCAGGCGUGGUGGUGAGGAGAAUGAGGAUGAUGAAGAUGAAACAGGGAGAGCUGGGCAUCGUAGGCACAGAAAUCGUAGAGGACGGGGACGAGGAGCUGGAAAUGAGGGCAGUGAUUUUGAUGUGGACCCUAUGAAAACCAGGAAGAACAAGACAAAUCAGAAAUCCAAGGAGGAUGAUGAAGAAGUAGAAGAUGAAAAAGGAGGUAAAAGUGGGAAAGGCAAAAAUGAGAAGAAACAGGACAAAAAGACUGAUAAGAAAGGGAAAAAAGAGAAAGCCAACAAGAAGAAAAAAGACAAAAAGAAAUCAGGAUCUGGCUCUGAUUCCGACUCUGAGGAGGAGCCAAUUACAGAGGAGGAAUUGGCCAAGCUGAAAGAAGAGGUAGAAGAAAAAAAGAAACUAAUUGCCACACUACGAAACAAACCAUGGAAGAUGAAAAAGAAGCUGUCUGUUCUGAAGGAAGCCCAGCUUUUUGUUGAAAAGUUUGAAGGUGCUCUUGGAAAAGGAAAAGGAAAAAAAUUCUAUGCAUUCAAAGUGAUGAUGACCAAGAAAUGGAUGAAAUUUCAGAGAGAUUUUGAGAAUUUUAAGACAGCCUGCAUACCCUGGGAAAUGAAAAUUAAGGAGAUUGAAAGUCACUUUGGCUCUUCAGUAGCGUCUUAUUUCAUAUUCCUACGCUGGAUGUAUGGAAUAAACAUGAUUCUCUUCGGACUGACUUGUGGACUCGUAAUGGUGCCUGAGGCUUUGAUGGGGAAACCAUACGGCUCUUUACCUAGAAAAACUGUCCCAAGAGCUGAGGAAGCAACUGCUAUGAACUUUGCUACUCUCUGGGAUUUUAGUGGCUUUGCACAGUAUUCUGUACUCUUUUAUGGUUAUUACAAUAACCAGAGGACAAUUGGAUGGCUCAAGUUCAGGAUGCCUCUUUCGUAUUUCCUUGUUGGAGUUGGGACUAUUGGCUACAGCUUUAUGAUUGUCAUUCGAACAAUGGCAAGGAAUGCAAAUGACGAUGGUGGUGGGGAUGAUACUAGUUUUAAUUUCAGCUGGAAAAUGUUCACAAGCUGGGACUACCUGAUUGGCAAUCCUGAGACUGCGGAUAAUAAGUUUGCCUCCAUCACAACAAGCUUUAAGGAAGCUAUUGUGGAAGAGCAGGAAAGCCGAAAAGAGGAAAAUAUUCACUUGACUCGAUUCCUGAGGGUUCUUGCUAACUUCUUAGCUCUAUGCACACUUGCUGGGAGUGGCUACCUCAUCUUUUUUGUUGUCAGAAGAUCCCAGAAAUUUGCCCUGGAAGGUCUGGAGAACUACGGGUGGUGGGAAAGAAAUGAAGUGAACAUGGUUAUGUCACUUUUAGGAAUGUUCUGUCCAACUUUAUUUGAUGUAAUCAGUUCUCUGGAAAACUAUCACCCUCGAAUAGCUCUGCGAUGGCAGCUGGGAAGAAUCUUUGCUCUUUUUCUUGGAAACCUCUACACUUUCAUUAUUGCCCUAAUGGAUGAAAUCAAUCUCAAGUUGGAAGAAGAAAAGAUAGUCAAAUAUAAUAUGACAAUAUGGGAAGCCAGUCUGUAUAAUGGUACUAUUCCAGAAAAUUCGACUGCUCCUCCAAUACAGGUGGAUCCUGCAGAUGUCCCCAGGGGGCCAUGCUGGGAAACAAUGGUAGGACAGGAAUUUGUGCGGCUGACAGUCUCUGACACGAUGACAACAUACAUCACAAUUCUAAUCGGUGAUUUCUUGAGAGCUGUCUUCGUUAGGUUUUUCAAUUACUGCUGGUGUUGGGACUUGGAAUAUGGAUUUCCAUCAUAUUCUGAGUUUGAUAUAAGUGGAAAUGUGCUGGGACUGAUCUUUAACCAAGGCAUGAUCUGGAUGGGAUCUUUUUAUGCUCCAUGUCUCCCAGCAAUCAAUGUGUUCCGCCUCCACACUUCAAUGUACCUGCAGUGCUGGGCAGUGAUGUGCUGCAAUGUCCCCCAAGAGAGGGUCUUUAAGGCUUCCAGAUCCAAUAACUUCUACAUGGCAAUGCUGCUUUUCAUCCUCUUUCUUUCUACACUGCCUGCUGUGUACACAAUCGUCUCCAUCCCACCAUCUUUUGACUGUGGUCCUUUCAGUGGGAAGACAAGAAUGUUUGAAGUCAUAUCAGAAACUCUGGAGCAUGACUUCCCUUCCUGGUUCGGGAAGGUAUUUGGUUACGCUUCUAACCCUGGACUCAUCCUACCUUUUAUAUUGCUGAUGGUAAAUCCAUUUGAGACAGAACCACCACAGCCAAAGCCGAAAGCAGACAAGCAAGAUGAAUCCACUUCAAACCAAGACAACAAGAAAGAACAGGGUGGCAAUGAAGCAAAGAAGACAGGCCAGCCACAAGAAGACAGCUCCUCUCAGGCACUCCAGCAUCCAGGCCUUGCCCCGAAUGGCCUCUAUCCCCUGCACAGCAGAGGAGGAAACCUUCCUCCCCCAUCCAUAGCUGUGAUGAGGCCACCAGGGCCCAGGGGCUAUGGGAUGCUGGGCUAUCCACCUGGGAGCCCGCGCUUCCCUGGGGCACAGCCAGGAAUGCCCAGGGGCCCUCCCAACUACAGAUAAAGACCCUCCAGCACAUUGUGAUAUGAUGAUGGACACUGAGAGCCAGAAAAAUGGUCCUAAACCCACACACACUCCUGCAAGUGCAGAAACCUGCUGUGUUCGUUGUAAAUUUUCAUGUGCAUAAAAGUUACCUAUCUGCUUCAGUUUUUGCAGGACGGGAGGCUUCAGAAGAAAACAUCACAUAUGUCUUGCAAUUGAAGGGCUUACAAAAAUGCAUUAUCUGUGUCAAUAGGUAACUAAACUUUGGGAUGUUUAUUGGAAGGUAUUGAUUAGAAGAAUGAAAAAUAUCUUGUAUUUAGUUGAAUAUUUUCUUAAAAGCCUGAAAGUGUGUCCCUAACAUCUUUUCCUUUUUCCUAGAAGCACAGUACACUCAAAACAUUGCUUUGUACAAAGGAUAUGAGAGUCAGUUAUAUUUAAACAUUGCAUAUAGAUUGUCUUCUGCAGGUCAUAUAUGCAUACCCAAAGAUUUCAGAUUGUACAUGGGAAACAAGGAUCUUUUCAAAAGCUGAGUGAUUACCUCCAAAAUCUUUGGGAAAGUAUUAAAACAGUAAAAGAAAAGCAAAAUUCAGCCUGUUGCUAUGAAGAGAACUCUCAUUACAG